CUCCGCGAGCAGCAUCGCGCAGCACGCGCUCACGACUUUCUUUUUCAAGAAGAAGAUGCACGUUUGGGUGCUUUUGGGGAAACAUAGAUCUGCGCCCCUUGGUGUUCAGUGCGAAGGGUGAUGCGGUCUGAGAGGCGCCCGAUCGUCCGGAGCGGGGCUGAGGGGCGCUACUGAUGCCCCAUGUCAUGUGCUGUCCGGGCUCAGAGCGAACACCUGCGGAGUGUUGAGUGCGACACCAGCACGGUGUCGCGCUGCGCGAGAGAGACCCCCUGGAGAGGCACGCAGAGGCGCGCGGUGCCCGCGAGCGGACGGACGACAGGGUACCAUGGACAGCGUUUGAAAGCGCGAAGGAGCAAUAAAAGGCACGGUGCAUGUUUCUGCAACCCGCCGAACCGGUUUUACAGCACGUUCAGCCCGUCAUGUUCGUGAAAUAUUUGUGUUUAUUCCCUCCAACCGUGACUCAAAAGUGCGUGACCUCUACUCUCUAUCUCACGACCCAUGACCUACAAAGCAAUGGAACCCAUGGACCAGCCUUCUUUCCCUGAUGGCUUCAACUGCUCCAAUUCUUCCUUUGACAACAUUUCCAAGUCCGGAAAACCCAUGGGCUUUCAGAGCGCAAGCACCGUUGUGAUGGCGAUUAUCUCCCUCACCGUGUUUGUUAUCGGACUGAUGGGAAACACACUGUCCAUAUACGUAGUCCUGCGCUACGCCAAGAUGAAGACCGUCACCAACAUCUACAUUUUAAAUCUCUCAAUAGCUGAUGAACUGUACAUCCUGGGACUGCCAUUCCUCACUGUCCAGAACAUGCUGUCCUACUGGCCUUUUGGCUCCUUUCUGUGCCAGGUAGUGAUGACAACAGACUCGAUCAAUCAAUUCACCAGCAUCUUCUGCCUCACGAUGAUGAGCAUUGACCGCUACCUGGCUGUGGUGCAUCCCAUCCGCAGCGCCAACUGGCGGCGGCCGCAGGUGGCCAGACUUAUCAACGGGAUGGUGUGGCUGCUGUCCAUCCUGGUGGUACUGCCCGUUAUUAUCUUUUCCAAAGUCCAAGAAGACUUCAACACAUGCAACAUAAGCUGGCCAGAGCCCCUCAACGUGUGGUCAACAGCCUUCAUUUUGUACACGUCGAUCCUGGGCUUCUUUGGCCCACUGCUGGUCAUCUGCCUGUGUUAUCUGCUCAUCAUUGUCAAGGUGAAGUCAGCAGGAGCACGCGCCGGCCUUGCAAACCGGCGCAAGUCAGAGCGCAAGGUGACGCGCUUAGUGGUGGCCAUGGUGGUUGUGUUUGCGUUCUGCUGGCUGCCAUUCUACCUCUCCAACAUCGUCAACCUGGUCUUCAUCCUGCCGGAGAACAGCUUCACAGCUGGGCUCUACUUCUUCACCGUCAGCCUGUCCUACGUCAACAGCUGCGCUAACCCAGUGCUGUACGGUUUUCUGUCUGACAACUUCAAGCAGAGCUACCUCAAAGUCCUCUGCAUCCACAGGGUAUUUGGGCUGAAGCACGGUGAUCCCAGAGUGCCCCAGUCACAGAUGGACAGGGCACGCAACUCCACGCUCCCCCUCAACAACCACACCUUUAACGGGCAUCUGCAGAACAGCCAGGGCAUCGCAAUGGAGACUUCAUUUAACAUGAAGCCGGGAUUCCUAUCUACGGAUGGCCAGGUGGUUAACAACCACAUGCUAUAAACGCCAACUACUUAAGAAGCUAUUUCACUAUACACUCUUGUGGGACAAAUGUGGACAGCGGAAGAAAGCAGGGCUGUUGCACUGAACAUGUAUUGUAACCGCUUGCUGUACCCAUUUGCUAUUGCUUCCCAGAGUCCUGAGGGCACCUUCUUCACCCUUAUUCCCGGGCUUUUCUGGGACCUAACCUUCUGCAGAUUAAGCAGCAUGAUCUUUUUCCCAAAGGGUGACUGUGUUUUGGGAUGAAACAAAGGGAAAAGAAACAUUUUGGCAUGAAUACCUUAGACAUCUGUAUCAACUCGUAGAAUAUAUCUAUGUACAAAGAGACUGAUUUACAUAUACAAACAAACCACACUAUGAAUGUUUUUGGUGUUGUAAAAUGUCAAUAUUUUAAUUGAACGUGCUGCCAGAAAUUCUGUUUUCCACUCUGACCAACUAAAGAAACAUCCAGAAAGGUCUCCAGUUUGAUUCCCAAGGCAAGAAUGUAAAAUGAGGCUCGACAAGAACUUUGGACCUCACAAAGACUCUUCCCAGAAAUAUGGAAGUUCAAACUCCUUUAUCUACUUUAACAGUUAGUGCGUUGUAUCAUCCCUUGCUACUAGGUCCCUUCGAUGCAGCAGGAUUUAGUUUGAUUCAGGUUUUUUUUUUUUUUUUUAAUAGCGUGCUCUUGUACACAGUGAUAUAAAGUGCUGAACAGCUGAAAACAAAUGGUUUGCAAACAGUACAUAAGCAAGGCAGCUGAGGAGAGGAAAACAAAAAACUCUAAAUCCAAAGAAAUGCUAGAAAGAUUAUCCUCUGGGGGUCCAAGUACCUGUGGCUGUCCACCCCUCCUGGGUAUUGUGGUGUCUGGCAAUGGACCUGGGGCAGAAGAGUCUGUAACUAAGACCAGGUCAUUUAUUUGAUGCAGUAUUGGUGCCAAGAUUAAAUUCAUAAUCUUAUAUUCAGGUAGUUGGUCUAAUGGGUAUCGAAAUGCAUCUAUCAUAAUCCAGUAAUCCUGGAUGUCUCACAAUGAGCAACUGUCAUUUCUCCUUGGUGACUGAACACCCAAAGGACAUAAAUCCACGGAGAUUAAGCCACGAAUACUUGGAGGAAACAACCUCUCGGCCCGUUCUUUCAACACCAUGGAGUCCUUGGAUUGAAGGCAUUGGGGAAAAGGGUGUUGCCAGUACUGUCAGAGUUUGAGCACAGCAAUUCCUAGGAUCUGAAUGGUGGGCCAGCUGCACAAGUUGGAGCAGGGUUGGACAUACUGCUGGCAGUCAAGCCCAGGGACAGCAUCUUCAACCCUCCCAGACUGUUGACAUCACUAUGUUGCCUGUUCAUCUUUGUAUUCUUCUGAUUUGAACUUAAGAGCAACAGAGUAAAACCUUAUCAUUAGUCUUAAUAGUGCUAAUGCACCUAUAAGCAUUUUUCCUUCAUUUACCUCUGUUGUUAUUUGUUAUUUCAGUUUUAUGGAAUCACUGCUGGGCCUUUGCAUGCCUCAACUUUUGACAGCCCACACAAGUUAAUAUUGGUACAUGUAGCAUGCCUUUACAGGCCUCCCAGCCAUGUGACUUGUACAGUUUUCUCCAAACUCUGUUGAAAGGCAGCAGAAAUGGCUGUUGGUGUAAAAUAAGACUCUUGGUAUCCAUAUGAUAAAACAUCACCAGGCUGCACCCACACUGGGUAACACAGAGCUCCAUGUGUAAUUUUUGCUUUUGUAUUUUUAUUUGCAAUGUUAAUACUGUGAGUUUAAGUGCCUGGUGUGUUACUGAUGAUAAAAUGUUAUGGAAUAACUUUUCGGCUGAGAUGCAGUUUCAAGCUGAAUAAAAUUGUC